CUCUUCCCUCUUGUGAGAGAGAGAGAGAGAGGCGGCGAUGGGAGGAGGAAUGGGAAUGGGUGCGUUUUGGGGAACUCGGGUGAUGGAAAUAGUGAAGAAGCACGAUUCUGGUGGUCUUCUUUGGAAGCGAAUCAAACUUACCCCUACUCGUAAAGCCAAUGCCAAAACCCGCCUCCGUCGCGUUUGGCAGAAUGAGGCUGUUCUUAGGGCGUGUGGUGAGUCGGAUGCACCAAACCCGCCAGGAGCUAGCAACGCAAAAAGCUGUAACAGUGCUGUGAAAAACGAGUAAGGCGGAGGAGAAGCUAGAAACAUGGUCGUAGUUUAGGAAUCGUAGAUCAUCAAGUCUCUGUCUUUUCCUGAUUUACAAAAAAUAAUAAUAUUUGAACCUUGUGUUGAGUUACUGUUUUUUUACAUGUUGAUUCUGAAACGGGUUUAGCAAAAGAAGAAGCACCCUCCAUUAAUGUGAGUAGGAUCACUCAA